CUUCGUGGGAAGAACGAUCUUGCCUUUCUGACGUUCCUCUUGAUUUACUUGUAUGUUUGGAUGUUGCCUUUACAAAAAAUAUCGCUCUGAAUAAUCUGCGAUUUUGAACGUGCUUCCUUUUUGCAAACAAAAAAUAUAAGGUUAUGAAUUGGUCCAAAGCAUACAAAUAAAACAAAAAUGAAGAAAUUAAACACAAUGGAAAUUAUUGUUGAAACAACAUAAUAUUUAAUAUGGAAUGAAUGAGAAAAGAAUUUAUGGUACAAGAGAAAAAAAAGACAAAAGAAAAAAGAAAUCAUAUUGAAAGAUAACAAUACAAGUGCAGGACAAUAAAUUAGUAAUGGAUGAAUGGGAGUGAGCACAGCACAUGUGAAGUGUAGGUGUGGGUGCGUACGCACGUGGGAGCCUCUGGAUGUCGAGGCUGCAGCACUGGCAGUGUCAGUGGCAGUGAUGGCCCCUGCUCUGACGGAAGGUGGUCCUCAAAAGCCUGAAAAUUUGCUCCCUUCCCUUCCAGCUGGUGGAUUUCUUUCCCCAGAGCAGGCUACGCAGGUGUGUCAGAAUCGUGAAAUUCUGGCAAAAUUUGUUGUUUCUGCAAACGUUCAACCAUCAAAGAUCGACGAGCAGUGUUUACAUGGUAUCUCUAAGGAUCUCAUUCGUGAUGUCAUCAACUCGAAAUAUGCCAAUGAUCUUGAUAGCUUGUCUACAUUUACGCACGGAUCUGACUUGAUUACAAAGAAAGUACUAAUAAAGGAGGACUGUGAACAACUGGACAUUCUGGGCAGUCCAGAAAAAAAGGUGACUGAUACUAUAAUGAACGACCCAUCUAUGGGUGAUCAAGCGGACAAUAUGGGUUUCUUAAAAUCAAGCGCAGACUUGCCUUUGGUGGGCUCAGAAACAGCAGGAGACAAUAAAAAUCUGGAUGUGGAUCAAAUAAUGGCCUUUGGUAGCGACAUAACUACAGAUAAUGAACAAUGUAAUAUUAGUAAUGUUGGGGAUAUUGGACAAAAUGUUGAAGAAAUUUUACAAGUAAUUAAAUCCAUUGAGGAUGUGGAAAAUGCAGAAAACAUAUCUGCAGGUAGUAGUGAACCAGUCCAAAGUACAGUUGAUGGAGUUGAAAUGUUUUCUAUGCCUGAAGAAGGAUUUUCAUCUUUUGAAAGAGAUUUACUUGAUGUUGAUGUUAUAAGUAUUUGCAAUAUUGCUGAUGCAGUGGACCAACAUAAAGUGAAUACUUUAAAGUUACAGCAAGAUGUUGCCCAAAAACAACACGAGAGUGAAAGGAAAUGUGCAUUUUUAUUAAGAAGACUGAGAAAGCUUCAAGCAAGAAUAAUAGGCAGGCAUGUUGCUGAAGAAAAUACUGGAGUUCUUGAACUUGCUCAUCAUGGAGUGAAAAAAUAUCUUUUUCAAGAAUUAGUUAAUAUCAGUUCUAAAUCCAAUGUUAGAAACUUUCCAGAAAUUAGUAGUAGUUUGAGUUCCUUUUUGCAAAAAAUUGAAAAAAUGUGUGUUGCUCAGAGUAAUAGUGUGAAUCGUCAGCGAUUAUGUUGCCGAUAUUUUGGUGAUGGAUCACGUGAUAAUUUGAGUAGUACUUCUGGUAACAGUAACCGCCAAUCAGUGUUUGGUACUCCUCAAGUUAAAAUUAAAGGUGAAGAAGUAGAAAGUGUGGCUGGACCUUUAGCCACGCAAUUACAUGUUGUGGAAUCUAAUCUUGACUCCGAUUGUACUGCAUCCAGUAGUGGUGGAGAAAGUUGUGAUGAAAUGCAGACAUUUAACAAUCCACAUCAACAAAGUAUAUCUAUAUCAAAAAGAGCAGCGUGGAGGUAUGCUCAAGAUCGUGCAGGUGUAGCAGCAAGAUGGACAUGGUUGCAAGCACAAAUAUCGGAUUUGGAAUAUAGGAUUAGACAGCAUAAUGAAUUACAACGGCAUAUUAGAGCUAAUAAAGGAUUAGUGAUACUUGAUAAUGCAGAAACAGUGAAUGGCUAUAGUGGUGUUUUACCAGGUUCUACAGGACGUUAUAAUUCACCUGAAGGUGAAUUACCAGCUAGUAGGACUCGACCAUUUGUGUGGAGUUUUUAUAGGAAAAGAAAAUUAUUACAAUUAGAUAAAUUACAUGAAGUCUCGAAACGUGCUGCAAAAGCAUCAACAGUAAGAUGCAAUUGUGAUCAUGUAUUACCACCAUGUGCUUUAUGUACUGGAAGAUUAGAUCCAAUGCAACCACAAGAACCAAUUGAACAAAUGUCUGUACAAGAAAGAGUUGCACUUGUUGAUCCUAGUUUUCAUCCUGUUUUAUCAUUUCCUGAUGAAAUUACACAAGGAACUCAUCUUGAAGCCAUUAUGAAAUCAGUGGAAUGGCAACAAAAAAUGUUAAGGGGUAACUUACGAAUUACGCGUUUAAAAGAUAAAGAUAUUAAUGAAAGAAGAAAUAAAAAACUUCCAGGACAUAGAAAAUAUGCAGCUCGAUUAAAAAAAUCAUCUUCAAGUAUUCUUACUGCAAGAAUUAAGAAGAAAAUGUUGAAAGGAAAAAGAAAUAGACUUGGUCAUGAUAGAAGUGUUCAUGGUUUAAGUAGAAAAAGGAUGCAAAAAUUAACAACUGAAGAUGAUGAUGAUAUUAGUGCACUUUCCAGCUCUAGUAAGCAUUCAUUUCCAGUGUCUUCUCCUUUACAUCAUACUAUUACUUCUACUACAGAAAAGAAUACAAUUAAAGAAAAGAAUUCUCAUGGACGCUUGAGGCAAAAUUCGUACGAUAUUGAUAAUAUAGUUAUACCUUAUAGCGUAGCUGCUUCAACUAGGCUUGAAAAGUUACAAUAUAAAGAAAUAUUAACACCAAAGUGGAGGUUAUGUGAAGAACCUUCAAAAUUGGAUAUUAAAAAUGGUGUUAUGCAUAGGCCUAGUCAAGACAGUGAUUUUGAAGAUAUGUCGGAUGAAAUUAUUGCUUUAAGACAUGAACGAAGUGAACGGGAAGAAAAUAAACGUUUUAUGACAUAUAUGAAUAUGCCACAUCAAUCACGUAUUCGGCAUAAUCGUAGAACAGAUAGUCGAGCAGAUAGUGGUGCGAAUACACCAGAUCCUAUGUCUCCACAUGCAAGUGAUUUUGGUGGAGAUAUGAUGUCACCAAUUACAUCACCUCCUGCAACUCCUCAAGUUCAAGAUUCAGAACAUCAACAUAAUUCGGAUAAUAUGCAUCGAUCAUCUGCUUUACAAAAUGCUAUACGACGUCGUGCUACACCUACGUUAAGAAUAGGAAAAGACGACACUAAUGUUUCAAUAAAUGAGGAUGAAAAUGAGAUUUUGCCAUAUGAACCAAGAAUAUUUCCAUUAUCUGAAGAAGUUUAUGAUAAAAUGCUGGAAGUAAUGCCAGAUGGUCAUUGGCAACCUUCGUCAGCAUCUCUUUGUUCCCGUGAUGAAGAAAAAGCAGAUGAUGAUGGGGAAAUGGAUUCUCCAGAAUCAGAUUCGACAGAAUCAGCUUGUUGUGACAUAGAGGGUGAGGAUCCCAAUGAUCCUGAAUGGACAGUAGGUGACGAUAGGGAUACUGAAAAGGAACGAAUACGUCCGACGGCUAAGAGAUAGGAUAAAACCUUUAAUACAUACAGUAUGUCUACGUCGUUACUAUAUGCAGAAGCUACCUGUCAAUUGUUAUAUAUACCUGUCGGUCAUGUAACAUGCACCUUAAGUUAAUGGUAUUAUGAAUCUGUAAAGUGUAUUAUAAAUAUAAAUUUUAUAACUUCA